AUGCAGCCAGAUCCACCCAACACCGAUGUCGUCGCCAACAUAAACUACUUCCCUGCCACCGGCAUCCCCAUCACCAAAUCAGAAUGGAAAGUCAAAUACCUCGACGACAAAGAUGAAUACACCCGUCCCAUGCUCAUCCGCGACGUACGAAAAGCGAAUAAGACAUUCGAUCUAGACGUCAACGGCUUCACAUUCGUCACACUCCCUCAGAAGCAGAGAGUAGACCGGCACAGCAGCGAAGAAGACGUAAAACAAGAAUACUACCCCGAGUUGGAAGAAGUAGUCAAGAACCUAACCAACGCCUCAACCGUCCACAUCUUCAACCACGUAAUCCGCGCCCACACCUCCCCCUCCGCAAAGGGCAUCCAAGACGCCCUCGGCCGAUGGCAAGACAUCCCCUCCGGCCACCCGCACGUCGACUACGCAGGCUCCGCGUCCGCCCUCAGCGGUACACUGACUGAACUCUCGUUGCCCGCUCACAUCAACAGUCUCUUCACAACAUCCACGCGCUACGCCUUCCUCAACUGCUGGCGGCCCCUCAAACGCGUGCGUCGGGACCCGCUGGCCGUGUGCGAUGCGAGUACGGUGCCGGAGAGUGAUUAUCAGGUUAGGUUGAGGGAGUUUAGUCGCACGGGGAAUAGGAGUGAGAAUUAUGUUAUUAGUUGUGGGGCGUUGGAGAAAGAGGAGGAUGAGGGGGUAGGGAUGGAGAUGGGGAUGGAGGAAGGGAUGGGCAAAGGGCAUGAGUGGUGGUAUAUGAGUGGGAUGCAGCCGUGGGAGAUGGUGGUGUUCAAGGGGUUGGAUUCGAAGAGGGAGGAGAGGGGGUGGAGGUGUCCGCAUACGGCGUUUAGGGUUGAGGGGAGUGAGGGGGAGGAGGCGAGGGAGAGUAUUGAGGCGAGGGUUGUGGCGUUUUGGGAGUAA